UAUUUUAGUGUCGGCAAUGGCUGCCAGAAGUUCGAGUUUAUCAAUUCCAACUGGGUUUCUCAAUUCCUCCAAAACCCAACAAGGUUUUAAGAUCAUCUUUGUGUCAUCUCCAAGUUUCAGAGCACCCAAAAAGCUUUCAUCAUCUUUCGUUCGUGCAAUGGGCUCCUCCUCCUCUUCCCAGCGACCAGAUGGCAUCCGAGAGGCUGAGGCUGACACCACGGAUUACAAAUCUAUAAGCAAUGAUGAAUGGAAGAAACGGCUCACAAAGGAGCAGUUUGAUAUUACUCGUCAGAAGGGAACUGAGAGAGCUUUUACUGGUGAGUACUGGAACACCAAAACGCCAGGGACAUACCACUGUAUAUGUUGCGACACAACUCUGUUUGAAUCAUCUACUAAAUUUGACAGUGGGACUGGUUGGCCAUCAUAUUACCAGCCUGUUCGUGAUAACGUCAAAUCCAAGCUAGACUUGUCUAUUAUUUUCAUGCCUCGAGAGGAAGUUCUUUGUGCUGUUUGUGAUGCUCAUCUGGGCCAUGUAUUCGAUGAUGGACCGGCGCCAACUGGGAAGCGCUACUGCAUCAAUAGUGCUGCACUUAAACUGAAGCCGAAGCAGUAGGCGAUGGUGAAGAUACUCGCGUGCCUGCGUGUGAAUUCCGUAACCCAUACUACUCCUAGUUACACGUUUGUGCGCAUGAACUAAGGAUUCCUACAAGAUGUAUAAGUUUACUUGUGUUGAAUGGAAAUAAUUGUACCUCUCGCGACUUUGUUCAA